GUAGUCCGACUUGAAACACCUCUCUUGAUUACGAGGCUGCGGUUCGCUUAGAGCUAGAGGUACAUGUAGAAGUCUGCUUCUUCUUCUUCUGUUUAAAGCGUGUUUAAUUAUAUUUUAUUGAUGUAACACCCCUGACAAGACUUCAAAGAGUAACAUUUUAGAUGCUUGCUAAACAUGCAACAUGCCAUUACUUAACCAAGCUGUAGUGUUUCAUGAAAACGUGGCGUAAAGGCAGCUUAAAGCAGCAAUAUCUUUAAACUUGGAUCUGCUCUGGGUCUCUUUUUAGUUUGUCGUUCUAAUCAUGUCUUCCUUGGAGUGGGCUGAGUGUCAGCUUGCAGAGAUAGAGCUGCUGACGAGCAUGUUUCCCACCCAGGAGGAGCUGGAGAUCACAGACCAGCUGGCACUGGCUGAGCUCAGGGAGUAUGUGGAGGGCUCAGCAGGCAGCCCUCCUCCAUCCAGACCUCAGUUUCUCAUCAAACUGAAGCUGGACACUGCAAGCAUGGAUAUGAGAGAUGUUGUACUAUCUUGUGCUUAUCCAUCCGAGUAUCCCAGUGUGUUGCCAGAGAUCACAGUCCGGUGUUCUGAUCUGAGCAGAGCCCAGCAGACACAGCUCCGUGGAGAUCUCAACUCGUACCUCUUGGAAAAUUGCCAGGGGGAAGUAUGUGUGCUCUCAGCUGUGGACUGGGUGAAAGACAACCUGCAGCUCUUUAUUAAUAAGAGUUUAUCAGCAGCACCAACUUCUAAAAAAGAGACUGUUUCUUCACACUCAGAGGAAGUGUUCAGUCGACUGUGGAUUUACAGUCACCACAUCUACAACAAGACCAAGAGAAAGAACAUCCUGGAGUGGUCCAAGGAGCUAGGCCUUUCAGGGUUUAGCAUGCCUGGAAAGCCUGGCAUUGUGUGUGUGGAAGGUCCUCAAUCGGCCUGCGAGGAGUUCUGGUCCAGAGUGAAGGUUCUGACAUGGAAGAAGAUCAUGAUUCGACAUAGAGAGGACAUUCCCCUUGAUCAUCAGGGCGAGGACAGCAGGACUGUUGAAAAUAUAGACUCCCUGCGCAAAUUCACAGGCUUUGAAGAGGCGAUGUUUGACCCCCAUGGGAACAGAGAUAACAUAUCAACAGAGAGUCCAAAGUUCCACUUUUCUAAGAACGACAGGUUGUUGGAUAAGCUGUGUGCAAUCAAGGAUUAUAUGUGCCAUUUUUGUAAAUGUAAUCUUAUUUUCAGUCCCCCUAAGACUGAGAUGGACAUAAUAAUUAAAAAAAAAAAAAAAAAAUUUGGAAAGGUUUUUGUGGAUUUCAUUUAAUUUGGAGUUCAGUGUAAAGGUUAUCGUUUCAAAGAUGGAUCAUUUUUGGUAUAGUCUUUUUAGGCCAUUAAAUCAGUAAAGUGCACUCUUUACAUAUUUUAAGGGCUUGUUUUUUGUACCUUUUUUGAAGUCCAUUUUCAAUUCUAUAAGACUUGUACACUGGGUGACAGUCUGAUGAAAUACACUAAUGCUGUAACAGAUACCACCGACAUUAUCUCCUCAGAGGAGUUUGAACUCUGAGUGAACAUUUCACAGGUUAGCCUUUGUAAAACAUUUACUGAUCAAAUGAAUGGAAAUAAACAAAUGACCACUUUUAGGAGCUCUCAAGGACACAUCAUUUUAGAACAGGUGUAAUUUUUAUUUGUUAUGUAUUGGAUUCAAUUUGUUUGUGAACGUGCUUGGUUUACAUUGCCCAGUAGAUGGCAGCCUUAUAUAAUCAAAGGUGGACGUUACCGGUGAUUUACUGAUUCUGACAGGUUUAAACCAAUUGUAUGCAUAACCCUUAUCCAACAUGCUGUAUAAACCUUAGAAAGAAUAAGCAAUGGGUAGUUAUGAUUUGUUAAGAAAAUCAGCCGUUACUUGGAUCAUGAGUACACUGUUUUAAAAAAACAAAAUCUUACUUCCUUAAACCAAUCAUGCAGAUUAAAACAUACAUAUUUCAUGAUGUAAGAAGGAACUAUAAGGUUUUCUUUCUGCCCUUGUACAUUACAUUACAAUCAGACAAAAUAACAGAGUUUUUCCAAAAAUGCGUAAAUUGCAUUGUCAUAUAUUAUAUGGUUUUGUUUUUUACAAUAAUUUAGCCAUUAAAAGCAUUUAUCAGUAUGGGUAAUUGAAGAACAGAUACCACAUCUAGAGAUGGUUAUGAGAAGGGGUUGCUCAUACUCAACGGAGGCAUAAACCUAUUUUAUCCUGUAAAAAAGAAAAAAGAUUUGGUCAGCUGGUUUUGGUUAUGAUAGUCCUGCUCCUCUCUCAACCCUCAGGAAGAUGAUGUUGGCCUCAGUCAGACUUCUAACUUUCCUCUUCAGAAAAUGCUUCAGAGGAGUCGUUUUCGUUUGUUUAUCGUGCAGAGUUCACACCCAGGUGCUUCCACAGCUCCAG